AAAAUGAAUAAAAAAAUUCUAGUUUAUGUUUUUUGUGGUCAAGUAAUGAGGUAUUAUUAUUCCUUUUUUGAACUCUACCAAAAAGACCCUUUAGUUAAAGAAACAAUAGAUACUAUUGAUAACAAAUUAAAAGACUAUUUGGGUUAUUCCGUUUGGGAUAAAAUUAGAAGAUCAAAUAUAGAAGAUAUAUCAAUUUUCAAAGAACAAGUUUUGGGAAACUCACUAUUGUUUAUUACCCAGACUGUUAUAUUCAAACUAUAUAAAAGUAGGGGAAUAACCCCAGAUUAUAUCAUAGCAAUUAGUUUAGGUGAAAUUUCAGCUUCAUAUUGCACCGGAAUGAUAACUUUAGACAUGGCAAUAUAUAUUUUGGUAAAUAGAGCAAAAUUAUUAAAUGGAAAUUUAAGAGAAAAUGUAAUUUAUAAAGUGUAUGCAGAUAAAGAUUAUUAUAAAACACUAUUAAAAGAGUUCCCAAAUUUAGAGGUAGGUGCUCAUACAUCAGAUAUCGACACUAUACUAUGUGGUUUAAAAAUAUCUGAAUGUAAUGCAUUUGAAAAAAGAGUUUCAAAAGAAAAUGUUAAAUUUUCAAAAUUAUUAGAAAGAUCAAGUUUUCAUCACUCCUCGGUUGAAGAUAUCAAGGAUGAAAUUAUAAACCUAAAAAUAGAAUCUGGACUACCAAAUAUAAAGCAAUUUUCAUGUUUAAAUGGGAAAUUAUUUUCAUCUUCAUUUUUAUACAACAGCCAAUAUCUAUAUGAUCAAAUGAGGGGUAUGGUAGAUAUAAACACAACUGUAAAAAGUCUAUUCAACGAAAUCAAAAACUCAACACAUACCACAAAU